CUUCGACUGCGCCCAACUCUGUCUGCACGACAUCUUCCACAUCCUGCAUGUGUGAAGCUACUGGCAGAACGAGUCGUUGCUCGACAAGAUGCGAGCCGUCUAGCCUCCUACUCUAGGCGGUUUGCCUCCACAAAUUCUCAAUCUUCGCCAGCAUCCAGCGCAGAAAAGACGGAGGUCGUGUCGGAGCCGUCUCCAGUGACGAGCAUUCUAGAGACCGCCCCCAAAGACACGACCUACCAUGGGCCCCUGACAAUGACUUUUCGCCGCCUUAAAAUAUUCUCACUGUCCUCGCUCUCCCUCACGUUCGCCUUGACGCCCUUCAUAUUCGUGAUCGAGACAACGUCUGCGAUCCCUCUUGCGGGCCGCUUUAUGCUCGCAGCCGUGGCGAUGGCGACAAGCGGCGUAUCUACCUUCAUGGUGGCGUGGUGCGGCCGGCCGUACGUGACGACGCUUCGAUGGCUUGAGCCUGAGGGCGGGGACAAACCUGCUGCCGACGGGGCGCGCGGGCUGGAGAUGACGACGUUGACUCUCGCCCUGCACGAGCGCAUCACGCGCGUAUACGACACCGCGUUCCUGGUGCCUACCAACCGGCAGUUCGCGACCUGGGAGCUGGCGGAGGCGUUCCGACUAUCAAGCGAGGAAGUGGCGCUUGCGAAGAGUCAGGGCACGCUGCAGAGGGAAGAGACGAUUGCGGAGACGAUGACGAAGGAAGGGAAUGUCGUCGGUAGGUGGAUCGUACAAUGGGACGAGAACGGUGCGGGUACUUGCAAAGAAGUGGGCAAGGUCGCGAGGUACUUCAACGUUCACCAAGACAUGCUAGACAGACCUAUUCGAUAAUAUAGAUUUGAGUAGCGGGUAGUGCUGCUUGUUCUACCUCUAAGAUCUUCUAUUGGUCUUGC